UCCCUUUUCUGUCGCUUCAGGUUCCUGAGUUUUGCGUUUGCUGAAGAAUAAACCUUUUUUAAAAUAUUAAAGAGAGAAAAAAAAAAAAACACCAAAGCGAUUAAAUAAACCCUUGUACUCAGUACCCACACGCUUUUCUUGUACGACACGAACUACUACUCAACUUGAAUUGCUUUGCAUAGGGGUUUCUGUUGUUGCUGUGAAAAAGGGGUUUCUGAGUUUCGGUUAUACGAUAUUGUAAAACUCUGCUAAACGAGGAAAAAGAGAAGAAGUUAACAUGCCACCCUCUCGUGGUAAUCAUUCUCAUUCUGAUGCUGCGAAAUUGGAACAAAUAAUCACAGAAUUCUAUACCAAAAGCCUCCACAUAAUAUUGGAGUCUAGAACCCCAUAUGUGUCUUCUCGUAAUUUUAGUGGUGAGCAAAUCAUGUCGAUGUCGUUGUCAUCCCCAUCCUCUUCCUCGUCCUCGGCCUCGGCCUCGGCCUCGACCUCUGCUGCAUCGAGUGUGAGGCCGAGGCCGAGGGACAAGUGGUUUAAUUUGGCACUUAGGGGAUACCCUGGUGCCAUGGAGAAUCUUGAUCUCUGGCACCACAGCAACCCAGAACCUAUGGUGGUUGAUGUAGUGUUAGUUCUUCAAAGGCCUCUUGAUUGGGACCCAACACUCAAUUUUUCACCCACAAGGGAAGAAAUUGUUAUAGAGAGAUGGGUACUGCAGUAUGAUCACACUAGGAAAGUUAAGGAUAAUCAUAGUUCAGGGAGCAGCAGGAGGUCUAGUAAUACUACUCUGCAUACCUUGUACAAGAAAUCCAUGUUGCUUCUCAGGUCUUUGUAUCUCACUGUUAGGCUUUUACCUGCUUAUAAGGUCUUUCGUGACCUUAAUUCCUCUGCCCAGCUCCGAACAUUUAGUCUUGCUUAUCAUGUGUCUUCUGUUGUUGAACCCUUCCCUCGUAGUGCAGAGGCUGAAAUGCAGCGUUUUGAUUUCACCCCUAUUGAAACUUCUGCCGGUAGGCUUUGCCUAUUGGUCUUGUAUCGUUCAUCAGUCUUGGAUUUAAGCUCUGAACCAACUCCUCUUACCCCACAAGUUAUACCAGAUUAUGUAGGCAGCCCAUUGGCAGAGCCGCUCAAAAGAUUUCCAUCCCUACCUGUGGCAGGAUUGGGGAAUCAUGGCUCUCCUUCAUCAUUGCCAUUUUCUAGGCGGCAUAGUUGGGGUUUUGACCUUUAUAGAGCUUCUUCUCCUACGGUUUCUUUCUCACCUUCACCUACACAUUCGGAAUCGAAUGCUUCAAUUUCCAACCCAGCUUCCCGCCGAUUCCCACCCACAAGCCUGCCACCUCAUCCACCUGGAACAUCUAUAGCUCAUAAGAAUACUACCAAUUUUGAUGAGUACUGUCCAUCUCCUACAUUUUCACCCUCCCCUACUCCAUCACCACCAAUAUAUAUUCCUGGAGCUCAUCUUUCAAAGGAUCUUUUACGAUCUGAGAGUGCCCCGGUAAACAUACCUACUACUAGGCUCUCUAGUUUGCCUGCAUUGUCCAACAAGCAAUAUUUGCCACCGUCUCCUCCCAUUAAGAAUACAAGGUCUGGUACUUUGAGGACUGAUAAAUUUACACCAAUUCAGACUGGUGCCGCAGUUGAGCAGUUGUUCUCUCUUGGGAAGGAUGACAACAGAAAACAUUUUGGAACGAAGAUAUCAUCCAAUGACUCACCGCGGAUUUCAUUUUCCAGAAGCUCAAGCAGGUCUUUACCAGAUGAUUUUGAUGAUCCUGAGUUUGAUUGUCCUUUUGAUGUUGAUGAUGUUGAUAUGACAGAUCCAGGUAGCAGACCAGGUUCUUUUGAUCAGAAAGGACAUAUAUCCCAAGAUGCUGCUGUUGGUGAUCUUGUACGCAUGUUGAAGAAAGCUCCACCUCUCUGCCCAGAAUUUUCCAAUUCAGUAAAUGUGCCACAAGUCUCUGGGUCUGAAAUAUGGAGUAGCAGCAGCCAGGAACCCCAUCCUGCUGCACAGAAUGAAGUUUCUGCAAGCGUCACGUCAUCUGGGCUUGUUAGGUUGAAGACAACAGCUGAUGCAUUGGAAGAGCUCCAGGUUUAUAGAGAGAUGAAGAAAUUGUUGCUUAAGCAAGGCAGUAAAUCAUACACUUAAUCCAAUUACACUGGACGGCAGAAUUUUCUGGCAGAGUUAUAGCUGGAUUUUAACCUAUGUUGAUAUUAAAUCCUUUGGACAUGUACAGCGUUUUGGUUCUGAAGAAUAUGUUUAUUGGUGCCGAUUUUCUCUCUUGUACAUAUGUAGUUAUAUUUUAUAUUAAGUUUAUGCUUAAAACUUGAUAACUAAAGAGAAAGGUUUGGCGUUAUUACUUAUACGUAAAUACACACAUUCUAUACUGAAUGUUCAUAUUGUAUAAUACAUUAAAUAGUUUGCCUUACGGAUUA